GUCUGCCAAGUACAGAGUACCUAUAAUGGAAAGCUAUUCAUUUGUUAUUGUGGGAGGAGGUAUAGCUGGAGUAUCAUGUGCAGAAGGAUUAGCAUUUUUGAGGCCUGAUAAGCAAGUUUUGCUGCUUACAGCCUCACCUGUCAUUAAGGCUGUUACCAAUAUUGUUCACCUAACCAAGACACUGUGUGAAUUUGAUGUUAAAGAGCUCAGAGCUGAAAUAUUUGCUGACUUACAUCAGACUGUAUCUGUAAUACAAGAUACAGUGACAUCAAUUAACACUGAAGAGCAUAUAGUUUCUACAUCUGGUGGAAAGUGCAUCGCGUAUGAGAAGAUAUGUAUUUGUACAGGAGGAAGUCCAAAGUUAAUAGCAGAAGAAAAUCCAUUUGUUCUUGGUAUACGUGAUACUGAAUCUGUGAAGGCAUUUGAGACUAGAAUCAAGGAUGCUCGCAGGAUUAUUGUUGUAGGAAAUGGAGGCAUAGCCACUGAGCUUGUGCAUGAAAUUGAAGGAGUAGAAAUAAUAUGGGCUAUAAAGGAUAAGCAUAUAUCAGCCACAUAUAUAGAUCCAGGAGCUGCAGAAUUCUUUCAAACACGGCUGUUAAAGACAAAGGAGAGAAUGACAAGUCAGACAUCAUCCGCUGUAAAAAGACUGAAAUAUACUGUCAGUGGAUCUUCUGAUCUGAAGGAUAGACCUAGAGGAGCAGCCUUGGGUCCAGACUGGCAUGCCACUUUCAGCAUUCAUGGAAUUCAUGCUAACAUGACGAAGGUCACAGUGGAAUAUGAAACUGAAGUAAAGGAAAUCAGUUACAAAGCAGAGUUAAAGGAUUCAAGCAAUGAAUCAUGGCCUGUAUAUGUUCAUUUGACAAAUGGCAAAGUCUAUGGCUGUGACUUCAUUGUAUCAGCGACUGGUGUAAUACCAAACAAUUCUGUAUUAACCACAAAUGACAAACUCAUUCUUGCUGAUGAUGGAGGGAUAAAGGUUAACUGGAAGAUGGAGACAAGCAUACCUGACAUUUUUGCUGCAGGAGAUGUAUGUACUGCAUCAUGGGAACAAGCUGCACAUUGGUUUCAGAUGAGGCUGUGGACUCAAGCUCGACAGAUGGGGAUGUAUGCAGCUAAGAGUAUGGUAGCUUCAUUAUCAGGUGAAACAGUCCUCCAAGAUUUCUGUUUUGAGUUGUUUUCACAUGUGACACGGUUUUUUGGUUAUAAGGUUGUACUGUUGGGUUUAUACAAUGGCCAGACACUUGAUGGGCAGUAUGAAGUUCUUCUCCGAGUCACAAAGGGGGUUGAGUACAUCAAAUUAGUAAUGAAAGAUGGAAAGAUGCAGGGUGCAGUUCUCAUAGGAGAAACAGAUUUAGAAGAAAUGUGUGAAAAUUUGAUUUUGAAUCAACUUGAUCUCAGUGCCUAUGGUGAAGACCUGUUGAACCCAGACAUUGAUAUUGAGGAUUAUUUUGACUGAAUACUUUCAGAGAGACAGAUUAUAAUUUAUUGUUAUCAACAAAAACAUGAUUUAUAUUACAGUACAUUAUAAAAUUAAAAACCUUACAACUGC